UCGAUGGUUUGACACCUCUGUUCCGUAAAAAAAAUUGAGCCCAACCCACUCCAAAAAAGAAAAAGAAAUAGAACGGACGUCUAGUACGUACCAGAAUUACAAUAAAUUGAGUUUUCCACAAAAUGCAAACCAUCAAGUGUGUGGUCGUUGGCGACGGAGCUGUGGGUAAGACCUGCCUGCUCAUCUCCUACACAACCAACAAAUUUCCAUCGGAAUAUGUGCCAACUGUAUUUGACAAUUAUGCGGUGACGGUGAUGAUUGGCGGCGAGCCCUACACACUGGGCCUGUUCGAUACGGCCGGUCAGGAGGAUUACGAUAGGCUUCGCCCUUUGUCCUAUCCGCAGACAGAUGUCUUUCUCGUAUGCUUCUCGGUGGUCAGUCCCAGUUCAUUUGAGAAUGUUAAAGAAAAGUGGGUUCCUGAGAUCACGCACCAUUGCCAGAAGACGCCAUUCCUGCUGGUGGGCACACAGAUCGAUUUGCGCGACGAGACCAGCACACUUGAGAAGUUGGCCAAGAACAAGCAAAAGCCCAUCACCAUGGAACAGGGCGAGAAGCUGGCCAAAGAGCUGAAGGCCGUCAAAUAUGUCGAGUGUUCGGCUCUCACACAAAAGGGUCUGAAAAAUGUCUUCGAUGAGGCCAUACUGGCCGCCCUGGAGCCACCAGAACCCACCAAGAAAAGGAAGUGCAAAUUCUUAUAAUUCUUUUUUUUUUUUCUCUCUUUCUCUCAUGUCCUAUAUAUGUGUCUGUUUUUUUCGGCGUUUCCACACUACAAUGUCCCUGCUUCUGCCUUUAUAGACAAGUCUCUUACCCCCAAGAUAAGUUUUAAAGUUUUAAUUGUAGAAUUCUACACUAGUUGCAGUCCUCCUCCCCCCAGUCCCAGUCUCUAGUACUUCAGAUGGUUCCUCUGUGAGCCAUCCGUCCGCAUUUCCUAUCAUUUUAUUGGGUAAAGCUGCUGUUUAAUUUGAAUCCAGUCUGAAUAGUAUCUUUUUUACACUAUGGAUAAAGGCUUCCGCCCCAGCCCAGACCCAACCCCAAAAUCCAAAGCCUUGGCAAAUGGAAUCAAAUAUAAAUCAAACAAAAUUCUUCGCCCGACCCCAAAGCCAGUCGGGUCGGUCCCACUACUCCAUUUUUGCACCCACUGUAGUUUUUUUUUUUUGGCGAAAUUUCUCUAAUUAAGUGAAAAAAGUAAAGAUGAUGAAACACAAUAACAAUAUAGCGAAACAAAUUAUUUAUAUAUAACUUUAUAUAUACAACAAAAAAAGUCGUAAGUGAA